ACAACUGUCUGUAGCUGCUUUAACCCACUUUGGGACUGCACCUUCUUAUAUAUUUGUAACUCUUUCUAACUAACUUAUAUUCAAUAAAAUAUUUGCACAGCCGCCUCAGUUUUUCAGCUGCCAGAACUGAAAUACUAUGAACCCAACUAGGAUCUUCUCAAGUUGUGUUCAUUGCUGACUACUUUAUCUCCAAUUGCGUUGGUACUUGGUUUGUUUUCAUCAGUCAGAAAUUCGGUUCUCUCUCUUCUUUUGUUGGUAAACCAUAUAAAGAAUAUUUGGCAUGGAUUGGUACUAUGGACGUGGCCAUAAUGAUUUUCUUGUACCCAAAGAUCAAGAAGAGUUAUUCGAGAGGUAUCCUUCACCAGACAAUUGGUCAAAAUGGGGAAUAAGUGAACCUGAAGGCUUUAAUUCACCCCAAAAGUGUUUGAUUAUGAACACAAAAGCAACAGAGGUAGAAUUCAAUUUCAUUGAUGAAAGUUUCAAUAAUGAAAUUGAGUUUGACCCUUCUCCAUAUGAUAAAGACCAGUCUAGCAGUUCAAGUGUAUGUGGAGAAUUGCCUGAGCAAUCUUUUCAACAAACAGCACUUUCAUGUGAUCAUCAACCUAAGUACCAGCUUCAAGACCUAUCAAGUUUCGAAAACAUGGAUGACAUUUUCUUGGAUUCUGUGCUUGAAGAUUUUCCCUGUGUUGAAAACCUACAGAAAUCCUUCUUUUAUUCCAAAAAUCAACGCAGCAAUAUAUCUGGUGGGUUGCAGAAAGAUAUUGCAGCUUCAGGGUUUGUUCCAUGCAACUUGGACUAUAAGGAUUGCCCAAAUAUAGAGGCAAAGGCAGUCGAAGUCUUGGACCCUUUUGAGCUGUCCAAUGAAGAUAUGACCAUGCAUGAGCAGUUAUCUCAUGAGGAAUCUACACUGCAGGAUCUUGAGAUGAUAAUUGCGCAGUUCACUGAGAAGACUCGUAUUUGUUUCCGAGAUGCCCUGUACCGCCUUGCUAGAGAUACAAAACAUGAAGUAGAGGAGCUGGAUGGAAGUCUUAACAUGCAUCAGGCAAUGCCAAGUGCAGUUUACAGUGAAACCAUGAGGUCUGAGAACCAAAAACCAAUAAUUGAAUCAGAGACCAACAGUCUUGACAGAGCUGUUGCAAAUCUCAUGUUCAACAAGAUGGAAAUUAACAUACUAGAUCUUGAAGCAGUUGGAAGUAAAGGUCUUCAAGGAAAAAGCUCAAAACCCUUGGAUGUGGCACGAAAUUUUCACUAUUCACAACCCCACGAGGUGCCAACAGAUGCUGAGGUUCCAAGGUUUGGACUAACGGACCAAGAAGCCACAGAAUCACAUUGCCUGAGCAGAUCGUACUAAGAAGUUAUUUAUGCUUGAAUUUGGUUAGGCAAUGUGACCGUGAGCUGCUUCCCACCAGCUAAACCAGAAAUAAGAAAAACCAAUUUCCUGUAAUUAUGCAGCCCUUUAUCAUAAAAAAGGCUUGGACAUUUGACUAUUUUGGCUUCUAUAUCUGCAUGUAUAUAUGCUUUUGAACUUGAAUUAUUUGUAUUCUGUAGCUUCUAUCCAAAGGCUAGCUGUAUCCAUCCAACUCAGUUUUGGUUUUGAUUGGAAUGUAAGUGAUUGAAUUGAUCAACUAGCAAUUAGCAAAGCUGUGAUCAGUUCAAGAUUCUUAGGUGUUGAGCACCUGGAUAUUUUUCUUGUAGUGCAAAUGUGAAUUGAUCAACUAGCUAUUAGAACA